ACUAACUAUUGAUUCUGUUAUAGUUUUUGUUGUUUUAUUUGUGUGUGUUAAGAUGGGAUCACACAAAGACCUUUUAAACCUCUUAAAACUCUCCGCCGAUGCUAAAUAUCUAAACUUUGGCAAAACCAUCCACACGCAGUUGCUAAUUCGCAACCAAUCAUCAACUCACCACUCCCACAUUACUCAAACCAACUCCCUAAUCAAUCUCUAUGUUAAAUGCUCCAAACUCCGUCUCGCACGGUACCUGUUCGAUGAAAUGCCUGUAAGAAACGUUGUUUCUUAUAAUGCUUUAAUGGGUGGGUAUUUGCAUAAUGGGGAGCACUUGGAAGUUGUUUCUCUAUUUAAACAAAUGGUUUCGUCGUUUCGAGAUGAUGUUUUAGUUUUACCAAAUGAGUAUGUGUUUACCACUGUUCUUUCUGCUUGUGCUCAUAGAGGGAGAGUUUUGGAAGGGAUGCAGUGUCAUGGGAUUUUGUUCAAGUUUGGUUUGGUUUUUCAUCAAUAUGUGAGAAGUGCUCUUGUUCAUAUGUACUCGAAGUGUUUUCGUGUUGAUUUAGCAUUGCAGGUUUUGGAUAGUGAACGUGGGGGUAGUAGUAUUAAUGAUGCUUUUUGUUAUAACUCGGUGUUGAACGCGCUUGUGGAGUCUCGGAGUUGGGGUGAGGCUGUGGAUGUUUUGGGGAGGAUGGUGAGUGAAGGAGUGGUUUGGGAUAAUGUUACGUAUGUUAGUGUCAUGGGACUUUGCGGUCAGAUUAGAGAUUUGCGAUUGGGUUUGCAAGUUCACGCGCAGUUGUUGAAAGGUGGUUUGGUUUUUGAUGUCUUUGUUGGGAGUAUGUUGGUAGAUAUGUAUGGAAAAUGCGGUGAGGUUUUGAUUGCGAGGAGGGUUUUUGACGGUUUGAAAAAUCGGAAUGUGGUGGUAUGGACUUCCCUCAUGACUGCUUAUUUGCAGAAUGGAGAUUUUGAGGAGAGUUUGGAUCUGCUUUCGUGUAUGGCUCGAGAAGGUACUAUGGCGAAUGAGUUCACUUUUGCGGUUUUGCUUAAUGCUUGUGCAGGUAUAGCAGCACUCAGACACGGCGAUCUAUUGCAUGCUCGUAUUGAGAAGUUAGGUUUUAAGAAUCGUGUUAUUGUUGGGAAUGCUUUGAUAAAUAUGUAUUCCAAGAGUGGUAGCAUUGAUUCUUCAUAUGUCGUGUUCUUUGAUAUGACGUAUCGGGAUAUUAUUACUUGGAAUGCUAUGAUAUGUGGAUACUCACAACACGGACUCGGUAAACAAGCUUUACUAGUGUUUCAAGAGAUGGUGUCUUCCGGAGAAUGUCCAAACUAUGUAACUUUUGUCGGUGUUCUAUCCGCUUGUGCUCAUUUGUCUCUCGUAAAAGAAGGGUUUUACUAUUUGAAUCAGCUAAUGAAACAUUUUAAGAUCGAGCCAGGAUUGGAGCACUACACUUGUCAACUUGCGGUUCUUUGCCGAGCCGGUCUGCUUGACGAGGCUGAGAGUUUCAUGAAGACAACGCAUGUGAAAUGGGAUGUUGUUGCGUGGCGAGUUUUGCUUAACGCAUGCAAUGUUCAUCGAAAUUAUAGCUUGGGGAAACGAAUUGCAGAAACCAUCUUACAGAUGAACCCUCGAGAUAUGGGGACAUAUACAUUGCUAUCAAAUAUGUAUGCAAAGGCGCGUAGCUGGGACGGUGUCACGGCUAUUAGGAAAAUGAUGAGGGAAAGAAACGUUAAGAAGGAACCCGGAGUGAGUUGGCUUGAGAUAAGAAAUAUCGUCCACGUCUUUUCUUCAGAUGGAAGCAAUCAUCCCGAGUGUGUUCAAAUUUACGAAAAGGUUCAACUUUUGCUGGAAAUGAUUAAGCAACUAGGAUACGUGCCGAAUAUUGAAUCCGUACUGCAUGAUGUGGAAGAUGAACAGAAGGAAAGUUAUCUUAAUUAUCACAGUGAGAAGCUGGCAAUAGCAUAUGGUCUUAUGAAGAUACCUUCCCCGGCUCCCAUCCGUGUAAUUAAAAACCUUCGGAUAUGUGAGGAUUGUCACACUGCUGUAAAACUAAUAUCGAAGGUCACAAACAGGUUGAUAAUUGUUAGAGAUGCUAGCCGGUUCCAUCAUUUUUGCGAUGGGACAUGUACUUGUGCCGACCACUGGUAGCAAUGGGCCAGCGAGCAAGACAGUUUGAUGCUAGGAUUGAGGACAGACAUGGAGCUGCUGAAGAAGAGAAUGGACGAAAUGAAGAAUGGAAUGAAAGUAUCGCUUCUCGAAUUUAAGAAGACAAUUCUUUCAAAGGAAGAGAAUUCGAUCAACUGACGAGAAAUGAAGAAGCUGAAACGAACAGGUCUGACAAGGGCAAGGAACAAUCUCGAGGUGCUGCCAGCAAAGGAGUGAGGAUGGAAUCCUACACAGGAGCAAUGGAAUACUCUGAAGUAAGUUUUGAAGCAAUCGUGAAAGCAGCCAACAAUCUUGUGUUGCAUUGUUUUUCAAUGAAGAUUGCAAUCCUAAUGCAAUAACUUAUGAAACAGUCAUCUGCGCUCUCUUUGAAAAAGAUGUCAAUGACUUGAACAAGAUUCUCAUUUGUUAUUUAGUUCGGUUUCAAAAUUGUUUGUAUAACAUUGAACCAAAUAUAAUAGUUUGGUUAUUUUAACUUUUUAGACUGAUUCGAAGGUUUGUUUUUGUUUAACAUUCCUACUUUUGAUGAUAACUUCUUUUGAUGAUAAUGUUAUGUAGAAGAAAAGAAAUAAAAGAAUGUCAAAAUAAAUUCAUACAUUAUAAAAAUCCUCACACAAGGGAACAGAAAAAUUCAACA